UCUGGAAUUUGAAUCCUAUCAAGCGAGGGUACUUGGUCGAUUAUUUGUAGGCUAGACACUUCGGACUUUGGGAGUAGAGAACUAAGGAUAGGGAAUCCCUUAAACCAAUAAUGGGCAAAAAAAUCAUGACAAUUGAGGUAAGAAUGUAGGAUCUUCUUACCAAAAAAAAAAAAAAAAAAAAAAAAAGUGGUAUCCCGCAGCUUCCAAAACGGGUAUUCUUCAACAGUGGAAGUUGAAGUUGAUGAUUCGUCGAUUCGUCUAAUUUUAGGAAGAAAUUUUACAAGCAUGAGUUACAGAAGAGAGACUCGUGCUUCGAAAGCUGGCCUUUUUGAUGGAUACAAUAGCAUUGAAGAGGGUGGUCUUAGGGCAUCUUCAACUGACAUUAGUGAAAAUGAGAAUGACAAAGCACUUGAUAGCCUAAAAGACCGGGUUUUCUUUUUGAAGCAGUUGUCUGGUGAUAUACAUGGUGAGGUUCUUAGCCAUAAUCGUCUCCUGGAUCGGAUGGGGAAUGAAAUGGAUGCAUCGAGAGGUAUCUUGUCAGGAACACUUGACCGCUUCAAGAUGGUGUUUGAAAGGAAGUCAGGACGUGCUACGUGCAAGCUUGUUGGUUUCCUUGUGGCAUUUUUCUUAUCAUUGUACCUCCUCAUCAGGGUCCUUAGACAUUCUAUGUGAGUGUGAAGUGAAGAAAUGCAGGCUAGUUUACGUAUGAGAUGCAUGAGUGAAAUAUUUCUUGAUAUGAGGAGCGGCAAUGACAGCUGGUGAUGCACACUUGCAUGUAUGACGGGGUCCUAGAUGAAAUGCAUGUGCACUUUUGGCAAGCUUACAAGCCAAAUGCAUGUGUAAUUUUUAAACACAAUCUGUCGACGUGAAACUGACAAUUCAUUCAAGCAUAUACAAAUUUUGGUACUGUUUUGUAAAAAGGAAAAUGGCACUUCGUAUAGUGUGGGAGGGAAAGAAUUAGUCUUAGAUCUAUGAACAUGAAGUGAUGAUGUGUGUUUGUUAUUGAGUUAUUGUAUUGGAUAAGCAAAUCACUGUAUAACUGAGAUCUCGUGUUAGCUUGAAUUUGAUUUUAGCCUUCAAAGCGGGUUGGUAACGCGGCGAUAUUGAACUCGGUGUCAUUAUGAUCAAGCUGCCAGCUAUGGACUAAGGGCAAGUCGGGCAACUCCUAGAUGCUUUUUGCAUCGUUUCAAGUUGGAACACCUUUACUAGGAUGUUGUCCACAUUCUACUUUGGAUACAUAAAUUGAGAUUUUUUGGUGC